AUAGUUUAAUCCGUUUGCUCGCAAUGCGUUUAAUACUUUUGUUGUUAACAUCUCUCUAUAUUCUUAUUCAGGUGAAAUGUGAUUCUUCCAGUAAAGACAAAAUGUGUGACAUUAGUGAAAUAGGUGAAGCGGAGAAGCUGUUCUUCGAUGCUUUUCGAGUGAAUUUCGACAUCAAUAAGAUGUCACGAGAUGCGGCUAGAAUUGCUGGUUGCCUUGAAAGCAAAACCCUGAAAUUAAAUCCGAUUCCUGGUUGUCUGAAGCCCAAGUACUGUGCCGCGGUGCAAUGUACACGUUGAUAACCAGCUAUAAAUCCACAUUGGCCAGCAAAUCCUCUCAAGUGACGACAGAGACAUUACGGAAAGUGGCUCAGGGACUUUGUAUGGUGGCAAAGUUGGAGAAUGAGUAUUGCAAAAAACUUGUCGAUAUUUAUUUGCCUACGAUAGCGCAAGUUCUUCAAAAGAACUGCAACAUCACACCCAACCAGAUAUGUUCGAUGGUAUUUUCACCGAUCCAAUGUGUUGAGCAGCACUCCGCUGAAUUGAGUCCAAAACCGGUGGUUCUUAGCGAUCGACCGACUAAGCUACCGAUAGCGAAGCAUUCCUCGAAUCUACCCCCAAUUAAAAUUCUUCACAUCACUGAUAUUCAUUAUGAUCCCGAGUACAAGCAAGGGGUCGAGUCCCUAGAAGUUGCGAAACGGUGCAAAAACACGUUCGGUUGUUGUAGAACUGCGCCGUCUGCUGGGGCAACGGAAAACUAUUGGGGAAACUAUCACUUUUGCGAUACUCCAAAGCAUCUGCUCGAAACGACUCUCAAACAGAUCGCUGCAAAACAUCCGGAUAUCAACCUCAUUUAUUUGACGGGAGAUCUCUUACGGCAUCACAUAACCGAGAUCGACUUUGAGACCCUCAAACGAGAUUCCAGCUAUGUGCUGGAUUUGUUCAUAAGUACCUUCCGCAAUGUACCGAUCCUAUUUGCGUACGGAAAUCACGACACGAAUGUUUUCGGGGCAUUUUCAUCUGCGCUGGUGAACACAAAAGAUGGCGGGCAAGCAAAUGUUUACUCGUUCUACCAGCAAUGGAUAAAGGAGCUGUGGAACAAUGGCAAACUAAUUGAUAACUUAAAAAUACCACCCAAAACGGAAGGCUAUUACACUGUGAAAUUUACCGGCAAGUUUCGGGUCAUUGUGCUAAACAGCAACAUAGCUUACAUCUACAACUGGUGGAUGCUGGUCGAACACUUCUACGCCGCCGAGCUGCAGUGGUUGCAAAAUGUUCUCGCACGGGCAGAAUCCAGACAGGAGAGGGUGCAUAUCCUAUCGCAUAUUCCACCGAAUCAUCCGACGCUGUUGCAUGGCUGGUCCCGCGAGUACCAGCGCAUUGUGGAACGCUACAGUGGCACAAUCGUCGCCCAAUUCAAUGGUCAUUCGCAUUUCGAUGAGUUUGCGAUGUUUUACGACUCUCGGGAUCUCAGUAAGCCUAUAAGUGUUGCUUGGAAUGGGGGAGCUUUAACGCCUCAUGUCUACAAUAAUCCAAACUAUCACAUUAUCACACUGGAUCCGAAGAAUUUGGGCGUUUCACAGCUGGAAAGCUAUUAUCUGAACCUUGCGGAAGCCAAUGAAAACCCUCGCAGAGAUCUGAACUGGAAAUUGUUGUUCAACAUGACAGACACGUACGGAUUGGAAAAUCUGUCUCUUGAAAGCUUAGACCGUUUCGUUCAGUGUUUGGCCGCUGAUGAAAGUGUUUCACAGCAAUACUGGGCCAACAAGGUUAAGAAAAGCCCACGCGUCAAGCGGCCACUGACGGCGGAAUGUCGAGCAGCAUUAAUUUGUGAUAUCGUAACUACCGAUGUGCGUAAUUCGAGCAAAUGUGAAGAAUUGGCAGGGAAAUAUCGGUCCGGAUGGGGAUCCGCGAAUGUGAAACUUUGCCCGAUGGAUGGUAUGUAGAUAGAAAAGAAGUAGAGGGCACAAUGCGCGGUAGACACGUCAGACGUGGUAUCAUUGAACAGGAACAAAACGUUAAUAUGCGAAAAGAAUCUAAUAAUGUAGUAUAUAUAGGAGUUUAAUUUAA